CAAGAUCAAAUAAUUCAAUCACCCUCUCCACAGCGCGGCGUCUUGAAAAUCGACAUGGUCGGCAAUGGCAUCAUGGCGCCAUCGCAGCGGAAGAAGGUAUGCGUGAUCGGGGCCGGGAUGGCCGGGCUCGUGUCAGCCCGCGAGCUGCGACGGGAGGGCGACGACGUGACGGUGCUGGAGCAGCGCGGCGACGUGGGCGGGCAGUGGCUAUACGACCCGAGGGUCGACGGCACCGACCCGCUCGGCACCGCGGAGCCGGUGAAGGUGCAUAGCAGCUUGUACGCGUCCCUCUGCCUCAUCAGCGCCCGGGAGACCAUGGGCUUCACCGACUUCCCCUUCGCUCCCAAGCCCAAGGACGGCCGCGACAGCCGGCGCUUCCCGGGCCACCGCGAGGUGUACCUCUACCUCAAGGACUUCUGCGAUGCCUUCGGGCUCAUGGAGCUCGUCAGGCUCAACACCAGUGCUGCGCGUGUUGCCUUGGCGCCGGGUCCGACUCCGACGCGGCAGUGGACGGUGAGCUCCGUCGAUCUCGGCAAGUGCAAUGGUACCGAGGAGGAGGAGGAGGUGUUCGACGCCGUGGUCGUCGCCAAUGGCCACUACUCGCAGCCAAUAUUACCAACAAUCAAAGGCAUGCAAGUGUGGAGGGGAAGGCAGAUGCACAGCCACUCGUACAGGGUGCCGGAACAGUUCCGCGACGAGGUGGUGGUGGUGGUGGGGUGCGGCCUCAGCGGCAUGGAGAUCGCCAUGGAGGUCCGCGGGGUGGCCAAGGAGGUGCAUCUCGUCGCCAAAUCCAUGGAGGAGGUAACCCAAGGGCUCGCCAAGGUGCUCGCCAAGCAUAGCGUUAGCCUUCACCUACAACUUCACUGGUCAUGUCGAUCUCCACUCCACAUGCAUGCAUGCACGAAAUGAUUGAUCCGUACAUCUAGCAACGUUAGGUGGAGCGCCUGUGCCAGGACGGGCGGGUGGUGUUCGGCGACGGCUCUAGUGUCCUCGCCGACACGGUCAUCUACUGCACAGGGUACAAUUACACUUUCCCAUUCCUGGAUACCGAGGGAGCAGUCACCGUCGACGACAACCGCGUGGGCCCGCUAUUCGAGCACGUUUUCCCGCCGACGCUGGCGCCAUCACUCUCCUUCAUCGGUAUACCCAAAAAGGUAUUUGCUCCUUGGUUCUUCGAGGCUCAAGCGAAAUGGGUGGCGCAUGUCCUGUCUGGCAAGAGGACGCUGCCGCCGGAGGAGGAGAUGAUGCGAUCCGUGGAGGAGUUUUACCACGCCAGGGAUAUAGCUGGCGUGCCCAAGAAGUUCACCCACGACGUCAGCUUGUUUGACAUCACGGUAUUACUCACAAAUAGUAACGGCGUUAGUCAAUUUUUGCUUUGCCCGAGGAUGAAUGCGGGGGGUGAAGUGAAUAGCAACAUGACGAGCGUCAACUACGCUCAUGCCGAGGCUGGACCUCACGGAGACGGGGACGAUGCUGCGACUGGCAGCAAGCUACAACAUCUUAGGCGGAGACAAGAUAGCAGGUUGACGGGUGCGGUUCUUGGGGUUGUAAGGGUCGUCGAAGUUUCUGCACAUUGCCAGUGCUUAUAUAAGUGGUCGCGGCGACAACAAGCAUCGGCGGUGGGGAGGUGGCGCACAGCAGUGCCCACCGGUGGGAGACAGCCAGGGGGUGUAGAGGCAUGCCGAUGGGGCUAGGCCGGUUGGCGGCACGUGGAGGAGGAAGGAGGGGAGGAAGAAGAUAAAUAAUACAUGACAUGUUUCCGGUUUUUGGAUGAAGAUCUAGUGGUCCUCGUGGAAAAUGAUUUGACGCAGAAGGUUUUCUCAUGUGACUUGGUAAUAGGCAGCCCCAUAGUAACCACUAUAUAGAAUGUGUUCGAGCAUCUCAGAUGUUUCCAUGUACUAGCCUACAAGAACGUCUUAUAUUUAGGUACGGACGGGGAGUACCUAUCUAAUUAAUUAAGAGAUUACCUUGGUGUUUCUACACAUACCAACGGACGAUUAUGGAGGGCUGAGGGGGUCUACACAGGUCCACCCAAAUAUUAGGGGAGGAGGGAUUUUCGUAGGAUAUGUAGAAAGUCUUGGUAGGUAUUUUUACUCCUAAUAUAUAGUUUCUUCCUUUGGUCUGCAUACAUGAAUGAGUUCGGUGGUAAGUACUGCGACUUCCCAGGUGUGGAGAAAUGGCGUCAAGAGCUGUUGAUGUCGACGCUCGCCAACAUGGUAGACAACCUCGAGACCUUCCGCGAUGACUACCAGGACAGCGACUCCAUCCGCAAGGGCGUGGAGGAGUGGCACUUGUCUGCACCGCAGGCCCAAGCUGCUUCUACUACGAAAAAGCAAUCCCUUGGUCUUCUUGAACAAGCACAGUGAUCCAUCACGCACCAUAUGCAGCGCCUUCCAUUCCAUAAAAAUGUCUGUGUUCCAGGCUUCCGCAAUCCUUUGGUUUUAUUUUGUUUCGCACUUUGUUUAUGGGAUCCUAUGGACCCUAAGACUUCGUUAUUUUAUUUUAAUAAGAUGGAUGCAUGCAUGAUUGAUGCAGAGGCUGGGGGUUUUGCCUCCUUUUUUUAAAAAAAAAAGGCUUCCACGAUCAUCAUCGAUAUAUCUAUUUCGUUUUCAUGAACGGUGUCACAGACGCCUUAUAAGUGCAAUGUGUGAUUUUGUAGUAAAUUACUAAGUUGUAAACACAUCCUAUGUAAUCAAAAGAACAUGUUCCGGGAUUGUUAAACAAUUGACUUU